GCAAGCGGCGAAGUGCUCACUGAGCCUACUCCCGCUCACAUGUCAACAGCAAGAUGUGCUCAGCUGAUUUUGUUGGCGGCAGCGAAUCGAAUAGCAGAAUGUUGGCUAAGUCAGAAAGCUUCUAUUCUCUUGCUAUGCUACAGCAGUCUGUUGAUGCCAGGAAUCACUAAUAGUAUAAUCCAGUCUAUUGGUCUGGAGCGAAUCAAGCAGAUUCGCACGGGUGGAAGAAGCAGUUGA